AUGUCUUUCUCGCCUGAUAGCCUCACAGAUGCGUCGAAUGUUGCACUUGCAGCUUCACUAGAACUUGCUAAAGAAAAUGGCAACGUUGGGGUCUAUCCUGUUCAUAUCGCCGCCGUCCUCCUGGACCCAGGAAAGGAUGCAAGUUCCAGCCCGUCUAUGUUCAGCAAUAUCAUAAAUCGCGCUGGCGGCGAUCCGCUUUCAGUCAAGCGCGGGAUCCAGAAAGCGCUGGUCCGACUCCCCAGUCAAGAUCCUCCACCCGCGGAUAUCAGCUUCAGUCAUCCUAGCAUCCAGGUCCUUGAAGAUGCUCGGAAAAUCCAAAAGUCGAUGAAAGAUGACUAUAUUGCUGUCGACCACAUCAUCCUGGCCCUGAUCAAGGACUCGACGAUGGUAGGCCUUCUUAAAGAAGCCGCCGUUUCUGCCGCUGCCAUACAGAAGGAAGUGGAACAAGCUAGGGGAAAUAAGCGAAUCACCAGCCGCACGGCUGAGGCUGGGUUCGAUGCCCUGGCCAAGUAUGCAAUUGACAUGACGAAACUAGCAGAAGAGGGGAAAUUGGAUCCUGUCAUCGGAAGAGAUAACGAAGUUCGCCGAAUGAUCAGGAUUCUUUGUCGGAGAACAAAAAAUAAUCCAGUUUUAAUUGGGGAACCUGGAGUUGGAAAGACCGCUCUCGUAGAAUCUCUUGCCCAACGUAUCAUCAAACGCGAUGUCCCGGCAUCUCUUGAUGCGCGUUUAUUCAGUCUUGAUAUGGGUUCCUUGAUGGCCGGUGCCAAAUAUAAGGGUGAAUACGAAGAGCGGGUGAAGUCAGUGUUGGAUGAAAUCGAGAAGAAUUCCGAAAAUGGCAUUGGUAUUAUCCUUUUUAUUGAUGAGCUUCAUCUCAUUAUGGCCGGAAAGGGUGACGGUGAGGGUGGUAUGGAUGCUGCCAACUUGCUCAAGCCCAUGCUUGCUCGAGGCAAGCUUCGGUGCAUUGGAGCCACAACACUCGCGGAAUAUCGGCGAUACAUAGAGAAGGAUGCCGCCUUCGAGCGUCGUUUCGCCCAAGUCUUAGUCAAUGAGCCUUCCGUGCAAGAAACGAUUUCUAUUCUCCGUGGUAUCAGCGAGAAGUACGAGGUCCAUCACGGCGUGCGCAUUUUGGAUCAGGCGCUGUGCCAAGCUGCAUCGCUUGCACAUCGGUAUUUGACCAGUCGACGGCUUCCGGAUUCCGCCAUCGACUUGGUAGACGAGGCGUGUGCUGCUGUAAGGGUCGCUCGAGAGACGGCCCCUGAGGAGGUUGAUGCCUUGGAACGUCAAAAAAUACAGCUCGAGGUCGAGGUUCAUGCCCUGACUCGAGAAAAAGAUGCUACCAGCAAGGAACGUUUGCAAGCGGCAAAGAAGGCCAUCGCUGAUGUUGAUGAAAAACUUCGCCCGUUGCGUGCCCGUUACGAAGUUGAACACAAAGGUGCAGAAGAAAUUGCAAAACUCCGUCGACGAUUGGACGAACUCAAGGCGAAGGCCGACGACGCCGAACGUCGCCACGAUAUCGCCACUACCUCUGAUAUUCGCUUCUAUGCCAUCCCGAACGUUCAAGAGAACAUCAACACGCUCGAGGCUGCUCGGGCUGGUAAUCAAACGCAAAUAGACACGGUCACCCCUGAAGCGAUCGCCGAAAUCGUUGGCCGUUGGACUGGGAUCCCUGUUUCAAGACUUCUCGCCACGGAACGCGAGAAAUUGAUGAACAUGGAGAAGAUGUUGUCGGAGAGCGUAGUGGGUCAGCCUGAGGCAGUCAAAGCUGUGGCGAAUGCGAUUCGGUUAUCGAGGAGUGGACUUUCGAAUGAGAAUAGACCUAUUGCGUCGUUCUUGUUUGCAGGGCCAUCUGGGACGGGUAAGACGUUGAUGGCGAAGACACUCGCUACGAUCUUGUUCGACUCUCCCGAUGCAAUGAUUCGUAUCGACUCCAGCGAGUACACUGAUAAGCAUACAUUAUCACGAUUGAUUGGUGCACCGCCUGGAUAUGUUGGUUAUGAAGAGGCGGGCACGCUCACCGAGUACGUUCGUCGCAAACCAUAUUCUAUCGUGCUAAGUAUGAUCUUCUUCUUCUACGCAUUGUCAGUUGCUGACUUGGUCCCCCUUUUCACAGUCGACGAGAUCGAGAAAGCCUGUCGCGAAUUCGUUACCCUCUUCCUACAAGUGCUUGACGAUGGUCGACUUACCGAUGGACAUGGUCGAGUCGUCGACUUCCGCAACACGGUCAUCAUUAUGACGUCUAAUCUGGGAGCGAUGUACCUCAACGCUCUUGAAAGAGCUGGUGCCAUCCCGGCCGCUACACAUAGCCUCGUAAUGGAUGCGAUCGAAUCUCACUUCCCUCCCGAAUUCCGCAAUCGUAUCGAUGAUAUCAUCAUCUAUCGUCCUCUAUCCCGAUCCAACAUUCGUAAGAUCGUCGAUAUACGUUUAAGAGAAUUCGAAAAACGUCUUGAGCCUCGGAAGCUUAAACUCAAUUUAGAAGAGGCGUCGAAAGAUUACCUCGGGUUGAUCGGGUAUUCGACGACGUAUGGUGCUAGGCCACUGAAUCGGGCGAUGCAAGAUCAGAUAUUGAACCCUCUUGCGAUGAUGUUGCUUCAGGAGAAGGUGUUAGAUGGGGAGAUGGUCUAUGUAGCGUUCGAUAAAGGGCGGAACCGACUGGUUAUCGUACCGAAUCAUCGGGGGAUUGUGGGUGCUGAGUCGAUGGAGGUGGAUGAGGAUGGAGAAGAUGAGGAUUUCGAUGAUUAUAUUGUGGAGGAAGUUGGCUGA